AUGUCUCCAGUGUGUCCCCAGUGUCGUCCCCACAGUGUCCCCAGUGUCGUCUGCAGUGUGUCCCCAGUGUCAUCCCCACAGUGUCCCCAGUGUCGUCUGCAGUGUGUCCCCAGUGUCGUCCCCACAGUGUCCCCAGUGUCGUCUCCAGUGUGUCCCCAGUGUCGUCCCCACAGUGUCCCCAGUGUCGUCUGCAGUGUGUCCCCAGUGUCGUCCCCACAGUGUCCCCGGUGUCGUCUGCAGUGUGUCCCCAGUGUCGUCCCCACAGUGUCCCCAGUACUUCCACAGUGUCCCCAGUGUCGUCUGCAGUGUGUCCCCAGUGUCGUCCCCACAGUGUCCCCAGUGUCGUCUCCAGUGUGUCCCCAGUGUCGUCCCCACAGUGUCCCCCAGUGUCGUCCCCACAGUGUCCCCGGUGUCGUCUGCAGUGUGUCCCCAGUGUCGUCCCCACAGUGUCCCCAGUACUUCCACAGUGUCCCCAGUGUCGUCUGCAGUGUGUCCCCAGUGUCGUCCCCACAGUGUCCCCAGUGUUGUCUCCAGUGUGUCCCCAGUGUCGUCCCCACAGUGUCCCCAGUGUCGUCUCCCAGUGUGUCCCCAGUGUCGUCCCCACAGUGUCCCCGGUGUCGUCUGCAGUGUGUCCCCAGUGUCGUCCCCACAGUGUCCCCAGUACUUCCACAGUGUCCCCAGUGUCGUCUGCAGUGUGUCCCCAGUGUCGUCCCCACAGUGUCCCCAGUGUCAUCUGCAGUGUGUCCCCAGUGUCGUCCCCACAGUGUCCCCAGUGUCAUCUGCAGUGUGUCCCCAGUGUCCCCCCCACAGUGUCCCCAGUGUCGUCUCCAGUGUGUCCCCAGUGUCGUCCCCACAGUGUCCCCAGUGUCAUCUGCAGUGUGUCCCCAGUGUCGUCCCCAGUCCCACCUCAGUCCACCCCAGUCCACUUCAGCCCACCCCAGCCCACUUCAGCCCACCCCAGCCCACUUCAGCCCACCUCAGUCCACCCCAGUCCACUUCAGCCCACCCCAGCCCACCUCAGUCCACCCCAGUCCACCCCAGUCAACUUCAGCCCACCCCAGCCCACCUCAGUCCACCCCAGUCCACUUCAGCCCACCCCAGCCCACCUCAGUCCACCCCAGUCCACCCCAGUCAACUUCAGCCCACCCCAGCCCACCUCAGUCCACCCCAGUCCACUUCAGCCCACCCCAGCUCACCCCAGCCCACUUCAGCCCACCUCAGUCCACCCCAGUCAACCCCAGCCCACUUCAGCCCACCCCAGCCCACCUCAGUCCACCCCAGUCCACCCCAGUCAACUUCAGCCACCCCAGCCCACCUCAGUCCACCCCAGUCCACUUCAGCCCACCCCAGCCCACCCCAGCCCACUUCAGCCCACCUCAGUCCACCCCAGUCAACCCCAGCCCACUUCAGCCCACCCCAGCCCACCUCAGUCCACCCCAGUCCACCCCAGUCAACUUCAGCCCCCCCCAGCCCACCUCAGUCCACCCCAGUCCACUUCAGCCCACCCCAGCUCACCCCAGCCCACUUCAGCCCACCUCAGUCCACCCCAGUCCACCCCAGCCCACUUCAGCCCACCCCAGCCCACCUCAGUCCACCCCAGUCCACUUCAGCCCACCCCAGCUCACCCCAGCCCACUUCAGCCCACCCCAGUCCACCCCAGUCAACCCCAGCCCACUUCAGCCCACCCCAGCCCACCUCAGUCCACCCAGUCCACCCCAGUCAACUUCAGCCCACCCCAGCCCACCUCAGUCCACCCCAGUCCACUUCAGCCCACCCCAGCUCACCCCAGCCCACUUCAGCCCACCUCAGUCCACCCCAGUCAACCCCAGCCCACUUCAGCCCACCCCAGCCCACCUCAGUCCACCCCAGUCCACUUCAGCCCACCCCAGCUCACCCCAGCCCACUUCAGCCCACCUCAGUCCACCCCAGUCAACCCCAGCCCACUUCAGCCCACCUCAGUCCACCUCAGUCCACCUCAGUCCACUUCAGCCCACCCCAGCCCACCCCAAUCUUUUUUUUCAUUUUUGGGGUUUGAACCUCAUCCCUCUGUUCCAAACGGAGUUCAUCAUCAGUCCGGUGUUGGUCUUCUCCAAGGACACUACAGUCAUUCAGCUGACGGACGAUGAAGUCCUUCGCAUCUCCAUCAUCCUCAUCCUCGUCCAGAUGAUGAAGACGGAGUGUCUGAGCCCAGCGUGGAGCCUGGAAACGCUGAAGGUGUCCUGGGGUUUUGUUGACGUUAGCGGCGGCGGUGGCGUGAAGAUGAAGAUAAGCAGAACGGAGACAAAGAAGCCGAACAGAGGACGAAGCAGGAACACCUAUGAACGCCUACGUAUCUGCUUAGACCCAGACCUGGGCCUGGACCCUCCACCACCACCACCGUCCUCCAGGACCCCCCUCUGA